UGAUACAGUUGAUGUUGUGCUGCAAAUUUAAAAUCAAAGAUGUCAAAAAUACCUCCCAGAAUUUCGAUAGUCUGAACAGAUCAGUCUUGGCUAAUUAAAAAUUUAAUGAGAAUGGAUUCCGAAAAAACGACGAUUAAACUUGACGAUCGACCAGUUACUCGUUGGCGAAAGAAUUGGCAGGAUUCCGGAGAUUCGCCGAGUACAUCUGUUAGACCUCAGACUGGGGUUUCGAGACCAAGGGGUAAAAUUGAAAGACCAAUAUCUCGUAGAGGACUCAAAAAUGGGAUUCAAGAUUUUACAAUAGUUUCAAACACUUACCAAGCAGGAUUACGAGGACGAAACACUUUGUCAAGACCAUCCUCUCCGGCGAUAUCAUCAAAUCGAGUUUCCACGGCUAACUCUCACAUAAAUUCUGCAAUAAAAUUAACAUCAUUGAGUACUGGCUCUUCUGCAAAUCCCUUUGCAACAAAUGCCUGUGGUCUUAGUCGACCGGUUACUCAGGAAGGCGUGGCCGCAGUUCGUCCAAGCUCCACUAGAGGCUUACCACGAAUGACGAGACAAAUUCAGGACAAGCGCUACUAUAAAGGACUAGUACAGAUCAAGUUCAGAGAGCUUUCCCAAGAAAUAGCAGCUAUUGCGCGAGAGAUUGAGGCAAAUAAUAAAGAAAGAGUGACGCUUAUUCAUUACGAUCAACAAGCGAAAGAUCUUGCAGGAGAAUUAACUGAUCUUCAAGGACAACUAGCAGAGUACAACAUUGUUGUAGAUAAAAUGUCAUCGGGCACGAGUAAAAUUACAAUGAAGCAGGAGACCUGUGACCUUGCUCGUUCGAACGACCUUUCAUUGUCAGAAACAGAAGUAAUGUUUGAAAAGCGGCAAUAUAAGGAAAAACAAUUUCGAGAAAUUGAGAAUGAUGUCACCUUAGAAAGGAGGAAUGCAGAGAUAAUCAAAGAUAGUGUGGUUCCUAAUUCUCGAGAGAAAUACGAAAAAUUACAUGGUCAAAAAGCCACAUUGCAAUUAAGGGUCGAUGAAAUGCAGAAUAAAUCGGAUCAUUUAUCCUUGGAAAAAAUGCGUUUGGAAGAACGUGUUUCGCUUUCUCAAGUAAAACAAGAGGCCGUUAGAUUACGAACAAAAAUAAUGGAAGUUCAAGAAAAGCGAGAUAAAUUACGAGAAGAGGAAAAAAAUCAACUUUCACCCGCAGAAAAGAAAGAUCAUCUUUUGCAGAAGGUUAAACAGAACAAUAUAAGCAUCUCAGCAUCCCAGCGUCGUAUUGCUGAUGUCGAAAAGCGAAUAGUAGAAGCGGAACAAGCAAUCGAGGAGUUGGAGGUAGACCUAGAUGAAGAACGGUCGGAAAAGCGUAUCAAAUUCAAAGAGCUUCGCAAGCGUGAAAAAACAAUGGAAGAAUUCAUUAUAACAUUCGAAGAAAACAAAUUGGAUGAAUUAGAGAAGUUAAAGAAGCUCAAAGCAGUAGUAGUUGACCAUCUGACAAGCAUAUCUCGGGAAAUGGACGGAGAAGCCCAAUUAACAGACAGUCAAGAACUGGAAAUUUUCAACCCUUAUUUAAAGGAGUAUCCUGAAAAUAAUCAGGACCUACAGAACCUGCGACAAGGUAAUGCCAGAUUGCAGAGAAUGGCCAUAAAAAUGGAAAAUUUAGAAAAGAGACUCAAGACAGAAUUACAAGAUCUUGAGGAGAAAAUUGGAAAAUAUAAAAGCGAGCUUGUUAUUCUGGAGGAUUUGGAUGGCCUGAAGAUGCUGUCUAAAACGAAGCAUGAAAAACUUUUAGAAGAGAGAGAUCAGCUCAAAGUCCAAAAUCCUUCUUGUAGUGAAGAGCUAAAUAAUACGCAAAUGGAAUAUAAUGACGUUAAAGGUAAUUUAUAUAAAAAUGAAACUUAUCUGCAGAUUAACGCUUUAGAAACAAAACUGCAAAAAUUGAAAGAAAGCAGCUCGGCAAUGCAAAAUUUAAUUAAAGAGAACAAUGAACGAAUCAAUUACGGCUUUGCUAAAGAAUGCACCUUAUUUUUAGUCACAAGAUAUAAUGUUGUACUUGAGGAGAGCUUUUAGUCCCAGAAUACUAUUCGGUGGGUGUGGAUUUUUAUUUCCCUCGAGAUUAUGUCUGCCUUUUCAUUUGAAAGUAUCAGCUUUUAUAUGAAACUUGAAAGA